AUGGCUAACAACUUUCCAAUGUUUCUACUCUUACUUUGCUUAUUUCCUCAAUUCUUCUUGGCAAGGUGCUCAGGUCCCCUUGCUCCUGCCUUAUAUGUAUUUGGAGAUUCUUUGGUAGAUAGUGGAAACAAUAAUUUCCUCAAUACUUCUGCAAAAGUGAAUUACAAACCAUAUGGCAUAGACUUUCCAGCUGGUCCAACAGGCAGAUUCACUAAUGGCAAUACUAUUGCAGAUUUUUUAGCUCAGUAUCUUGGGUUACCUGUUGUCCCUCCAUACUUGGGUCUUUCAAAGGCGCAAAAGAGUAAAACAAUUACUGGAAUCAAUUAUGCAUCAGGAUCAGCUGGCAUCCUCCAAAAUUCAGGAAAAGUAUUAGGAAUGAAUUUAGAGUUGCAGAAACAGAUAGAGUUUUUCCAGGAGACUGUUAACCAUUACUUGCCAAAGAACUUUAAGACCAAGGAAGAGUUUUCCCAGUACUUAUCCAAGUCAAUUUUUGUGGUAGAGAUAGGCAACAAUGACUACUUGGCAAACUAUCUCCUACCAGCAUAUUACAAUAGCAGUCACCUAUACAGCCCAGUUCAAUUUUCUGGCAUUCUCUUGAAAAAACUCAAACAUCAUUUACAGGAUCUUUAUAAUUUGGGAGCCAGGAAGAUUUUGGUAUUCAAUAUCGCAGCUGUUGGGUGUAUACCAUCAAAAUUAUACAGCAAAAACCUUACAACUGGAUGUGUUGAGGAUGACAAUCAGUUAGUAUCCAUCUACAAUGAAGGACUUCCAGAUAUAUUACAAGAACUAAGUGACACCCUCAAUGGUUCAACUUUUGUUCUUGGUGACCUUUAUGGGUUCAUCUAUGAUGUGAAUCAAAACCCUUAUAAAUAUGGGUUCACAAAUAGAAGCCCAUGUUGUGUUAUAAACAAUGCAACUUCUGCGUGCCAAGAAGAUGUCCCACCUUGCGUAAAUAGGACUUCACAUAUCUUUUGGGAUAGUGCACAUCCAUCUCAACAGACAAACUUGUUGCUUGCGACUGAUUGCUUCAUUGGUACUACACAGUGUACUCCAAUAGACAUCCUGAAGCUUACACAGAAACAAUAAGGCACUACGGUGAACAGGAAGAGGUUCUCCCCAAGUACUCCCGCCCCAGUUUUCCCUUCUAUGUAAUGGCCCCAUAGUGGGGGCAACUUGAUCCCUAUUGUAACGAUCUAGCCUUUUAUUCAUGAUAUUGUCCGCUUUGACCCAUAUAAGGAAACCACUAUUUAUCAAUAAUUU